AUGGGCUCCCUGAGACCAGCCGAAAAGUCCAAGGCAAAUAUUCGAGCGUCUCGCCCUUCGCGAGAUGGCACAAUGGCAACGGGGCCUUCGGAUAAGACGGGAGCGCAGGGUAGAGAUUCUGGUGCCCACUGCUCUACAGGAAUUAGCUUUAAGCGGACCGAGAGGGCUGUUGGGGAUGGAGGAAGACGACGACGACGACGACGAAAGGGAAGCCGGAAGUCUCAUCAUCCCAUAAUAUCCUUUAAAAAUUCCGCGCAUUCGUCGUCAUCGCCUUCAUCCUACCACAGACAGAUCAAGUAA